ACAGAGUUUUCAGUCACUGCUGAGUUAGCGCCUACCUCAUCAUGGAACAUUUCAAGUGAGCUGGACAAAGAUUCUUACCUGACUCUUGACGAACCAAUGAAUAACAUCACCACAUCCCUGGGGCAGACAGCAGAACUGCACUGCAAAGUGUCUGGAAAUCCACCUCCCACCAUCCGCUGGUUCAAAAAUGAUGCACCUGUGGUCCAAGAGCCCCGGAGAAUCUCCUUCCGGGCAACCAGUUAUGGCUCUCGACUCCGGAUUAGAAACCUAGACACCACAGACACUGGCUACUUUCAGUGUGUGGCAACAAACGGCAAGAAGGUGGUCUCUACUACUGGAGUCUUGUUUGUCAAGUUUGGUCCCCCUCCCACUGCAAGUCCAGGAUCCUCAGAUGAGUAUGAAGAAGAUGGAUUCUGUCAGCCAUACCGAGGAAUUGCGUGUGCUCGAUUUAUUGGCAACCGUACUGUUUAUAUGGAGUCUUUGCACAUGCAAGGGGAAAUAGAAAAUCAGAUCACAGCUGCCUUCACCAUGAUUGGCACCUCCAGUCACUUAUCUGAUAAGUGUUCCCAGUUUGCCAUUCCUUCCCUGUGCCACUACGCCUUCCCCUACUGUGACGAGACCUCAUCCAUCCCCAAGCCCCGCGAUUUGUGUCGGGAUGAAUGUGAGAUCCUGGAAAAUGUCCUGUGUCAAACAGAGUACAUUUUUGCAAGAUCCAAUCCUAUGAUUUUGAUGAGGUUAAAACUACCAAACUGUGAGGAUCUUCCUCAGCCAGAGAGCCCAGAAGCUGCAAACUGUAUCCGGAUUGGAAUUCCCAUGGCAGAUCCUAUAAAUAAAAAUCAUAAGUGUUAUAACAGCACAGGUGUUGACUACCGGGGAACCGUCAGUGUGACAAAAUCGGGGCGCCAGUGCCAACCAUGGAAUUCCCAGUACCCCCACAUGCACACCUUCACUGCCCUGCGCUUCCCAGAGCUGAAUGGAGGCCACUCCUACUGCCGCAACCCAGGGAAUCAGAAGGAAGCUCCCUGGUGCUUUACCUUGGAUGAAAACUUUAAGUCUGACCUGUGUGACAUCCCCGAAUGUGAUUCAAAGGAUUCCAAGGAGAAAAAUAAAAUGGAAAUUUUGUACAUUCUGGUGCCAAGUGUAGCCAUUCCCCUGGCUAUUGCUUUCCUCUUCUUCUUCAUCUGUGUCUGCCGCAAUAACCAGAAGUCCUCGUCACCACCAGUCCAGAGGCAACCGAAACAUGUCAGAGGCCAAAAUGUAGAGAUGUCGAUGCUGAAUGCAUAUAAACCCAAGAGCAAAGCUAAAGAGCUGCCACUGUCUGCUGUACGGUUUAUGGAAGAGUUGGGUGAAUGCACCUUUGGAAAAAUCUAUAAGGGCCAUCUCUAUCUCCCAGGCAUGGACCAUGCACAGCUGGUUGCUAUCAAGACCUUGAAAGACUAUAACAACCCCCAACAAUGGACAGAAUUUCAACAGGAAGCCUCUCUGAUGGCUGAACUGCACCACCCUAAUAUCGUCUGCCUUCUGGGUGCUGUCACUCAGGAACAACCCGUGUGUAUGCUUUUUGAGUAUAUGAAUCAGGGGGAUCUCCACGAGUUCCUCAUCAUGCGCUCCCCACACUCGGAUGUGGGCUGUAGCAGCGAUGAGGAUGGGACUGUAAAGUCCAGCUUGGAUCAUGGAGAUUUCCUGCACAUUGCGAUUCAGAUCGCAGCUGGCAUGGAAUACUUGUCUAGCCAUUUCUUUGUGCACAAAGACCUUGCAGCUCGCAAUAUAUUAAUAGGAGAGCAACUUCAUGUGAAGAUUUCAGACCUUGGGCUAUCCAGAGAAAUUUACUCUGCUGAUUACUAUCGGGUACAGAGUAAGUCCUUGCUGCCCAUUCGUUGGAUGCCGCCUGAGGCCAUCAUGUAUGGCAAAUUCUCUUCGGAUUCCGAUAUCUGGUCCUUUGGGGUGGUCUUGUGGGAGAUUUUCAGCUUUGGACUCCAGCCAUACUAUGGAUUUAGUAACCAGGAAGUGAUCGAGAUGGUGAGGAAGCGACAGCUCUUACCGUGCUCGGAAGACUGCCCGCCCCGAAUGUACAGCCUCAUGACCGAAUGCUGGAAUGAGAUCCCUUCCAGGAGACCGAGAUUUAAAGAUAUUCACAUCCGCCUUCGGUCCUGGGAGGGUCUCUCCAGUCACACCAGCUCUACUACUCCUUCAGGGGGAAACGCCACCACUCAGACAACCUCCCUCAGCGCCAGCCCAGUGAGUAAUCUCAGCAACCCCAGAUUUCCCAAUUACAUGUUCCCGAGCCAGGGUAUCCCACCGCAGGGCCAGAUCGCUGGUUUCAUUGGCCCACCAAUACCUCAGAACCAGCGCUUCAUCCCUAUCAACGGAUACCCAAUACCUCCAGGAUAUGCAGCUUUUCCAGCCGCCCAUUACCAGCCAGCAGGUCCUCCCAGGGUGAUUCAGCAUUGUCCUCCUCCCAAGAGUCGGUCACCCAGCAGUGCCAGUGGGUCAACCAGCACUGGUCACGUGACCAGCUUGCCCUCAUCAGGCUCCAACCAGGAAGCAAACAUCCCGUUAUUACCACAUAUGUCAAUUCCAAAUCAUCCUGGUGGAAUGGGCAUCACUGUCUUUGGCAACAAAUCUCAAAAACCCUACAAAGUAGACUCAAAGCAACCAUCCUUGCUAGGAGACUCUAAUAUUCAUGGGCACACUGAAUCUAUGAUUUCUGCAGAAUUGUAGAAGGUGCAACUUGUACAAAUUUGGUAGACAGAACAGGUUGGAGAACCGUAGAAAAGAUUUAUAUGCAAUUUUUUUUUAUUAAAGUAAGGUUCUCACUUAGACAUUACAACAGUAUCUUCUGUGAAGUUUAACUGUGCAAGCAAGAAGAGACACCAGACAGGAUAAGAACACACCAUGGGGUGCAUUGGGAUCAGCACUAAAAACUGCAAACCAGUGAAAAAGAAAAGAACCUUGUGAUUAACUAUCAAACCAAAAAGAAAAAUCAAAUGGUGCAUUGUGUAUUUGCCUUUGGUCACCAUGACUGUUUUUCCCCCCUAAAAUGUAUAUACCGUAGCAUUUGUCUACCUGCUGUCUUUUUCUUCAGGACAAAUGUUCAGGAAUUAAUGUUGAUUCCAUUGAGACUCUAUGCAUGUAUGAAUGGAAGUGAUGUUCAAGGAAGAUACUUUAGGCCA